GUAAUAAACCUAAACUCCAGUGGCUUAUAUUCACGCCCAACCUAUAUAUACACCCUUCAUUCCAGCCGUCUAUAAAACAUUGCGUUCACGUUAACCCUAAAAAGAACCCUCAAUCUUCUUCGUUUCUUCAACAUUUUCCGCCGUUAUAAUCCAUAAUCAUCGGAGAGUUGAGUUGAUUACUCGUUCAACGGACGUUAUACAUACAAAAUUCAUAUCGAAAACUGAAUGAUCUAAUGGAGACUAAAGGUGGGAAAAAGUCUAGUAGUAGUAGUAGUAAAUCGUUUUAUGAAGCUCCCCUAGGAUACAGCAUUGAAGACGUUCGACCAAACGGAGGAAUCAAGAAAUUCAGAUCGGCUGCUUACUCCAACUGCGCUCGCAAACCAUCUGCUUCCGUCAAAAUGUCUGCUAUUGGUUUUGAAGGUUACGAAAAACGGCUCGAAAUUACGUUCUUCGAGCCCAGCAUCUUUGCUGACCCGCAAGGUCAAGGUCUCCGGGCACUGUCAAAAGCCCAAAUCGAUGAGAUUUUGAACCCUGCUGAAUGCACAAUUGUUUCCUCACUGUCGAAUGAAUAUUUGGACUCAUACGUUCUAUCCGAGUCUAGUCUGUUUAUUUUCCCGUAUAAGAUGGUUAUCAAAACCUGUGGGACCACCAAGCUGCUUCUUUCAAUCCCGCCUAUUUUGAGGCUUGCGGAAUCAAUUUCUCUCACUGUCCGGUCAGUGAGAUACACUCGUGGUAGUUUUAUCUUUCCCAAUGCUCAAUCUUACCCACACCGCAGCUUCACCGAAGAAGUUUCUGUGCUCGAUGCUCAUUUUGAAAAGCUCGGUUUAUCCAGCAAAGCAUACGUGAUGGGUGGGUUCGAUAAACCACAAAAAUGGUUCGUUUAUUCUGCUUCCGCUGGACCUGUAUCAGUUCGUGAUCAAGUGUACACACUCGAGAUGUGCAUGACUAGUUUAGACAGAGAGAAAGCAUCCGUUUUCUACAAAACCGAAUCGAGCUCGGCUACAACCAUGACUAACGAAUCCGGCAUUCGAUCCAUCCUACCGAAGUCCGAAAUCUGCGAUUUCGAGUUUGACCCGUGUGGGUAUUCCAUGAACUCUAUUGAAGACGGUGCCAUCUCUACCAUCCACGUUACACCCGAAGACGGGUUCAGUUACGCUAGUUUUGAGGCAGUCGGUUAUGAUUUUAACGAGGUAAGCCUGGAACAGCUGGUGCAACGGGUGCUGGCUUGUUUUGAACCGGGUGAGUUUUCUAUUGCUGUUGGUGCUGACGUGGCAUCAAAGCGUUUGGAGGCAACAUGCGCGAUCGAAGUCGAGGGGUACAGUGUGGAAGAGAAGAGUUAUGAAGAGCUUGGAUGUGAAGGUUCAAUUGUGUACCAGAAGUUUGUGAAGAAGGAUGGGAGCUGCUGUGGGUCCCCAAGGUCUGUUUUGAAGUGUGGCAAGAACUGGAAAGAGAAUGAAGAAAAGGAGUAUUAGUUAUAUGUUUGUGUUGAAGAAGGGUUGUUUUUGUCUGUUUUGUUUAAGGAUUUAAAUAAAGCCAUGGCUAUGGCUGGUUUGGUUGUCUUGCUGUUUGACUUUAUUAUUGUUGGUGUUGAGUCUUUGUCUUAUGUUGGAUUAAGAGGUGGUUUAGCCUCAUUUAGUAUUAUUAUAUUUGGUAUUAUGGUUAUGAUUGUUUUGCUCCAAA